AUGUGAAAUAACGAUAGCACUGCUAAAAAUGCUAUUUUUUCCAUCUAUUUUUAUAUAUUUGGGGCACAGUUUGUGUCUUUGACAAACUUUCUCUCAGAAGAAAGGAUACAAGUCCUCAUUUAAAAUCACUGUUUAAUCCUACUGGAUUAAACUCAGACACAAACAAACGGAUGAAAUACAGCAAGCAUGCCUAAAAAAGCAGGGAAGAAAGGAGGCGGGAAACUGGUGGGGAUGACAGAAGAGGAGAGGCUUCUGUACAUGCAGCAGAAGGCUCAAGCUGAGGACGAGACGGCCAAGAGAAAAGAGGACAUGCUCACACACUUCCUCAAGGAUAAACUGCAGAAAGAGGAGAGAAACAGCGUACUGAAUCUCCAUAAGCUGCGGCAGCUAUGGCGCUCUGUUUUAACACAGACCAAGACAGCAGAGCUACGCAAUGACAUGUCAGUGCUCAGCCAGAACUUUGAGAGAGUCCUGGACUACAAAGACAACAUCAUUAAGAGUUUGGUGGUUGAUCUGUCUGAGAGGGAGCAGCAGUCAGAGCUGGCACGCAGUUCUCAUCUGCAGAACCUGGACUAUCUGUUAGAGCUUCAUAGGAGUCGGCUGGCAGAACUACAGCUGAACUUCACCACAAAUCUAGAAGAACUUGGUUCAGAGUAUAAUACUGAGAGAGAGCAAAUUCUUUCAGAGCACCAGCAGGAGAGUAUGUAUUUGGAGAAGGUGAUGUUUUCCUUGGAAAAGCAUUAUGCUGAUCUUGACAAUGAGGCUAGACGUGACUACGAGAGCACUCGCAAUCAAAUAAAAAAACAGAACAAAGAGGAUAAGCAAUCAGUGAAAGAUCAGAUGGAAGGGGUGGUGGAAAAACUGUGGCGGGAACUUCAGCAGGUUUUACACCACUACAAUGAGACCACUAAAGACAGAUUCAUCGCAACUGAGUCUCUGCAGAUCAAGGAUGGACAAAGUGCUAAAGAGAUUGACACGCAUAAAAAGCACAUUCAGAAGCUGCAGGAGUCUAUCUCUGCUCUGCGCUGUCAGCUGAGCUCCAGUCAAAGCGGAGUAACAGCUCAGCAGCUUCAUUCAGGCCGUGAAGAGCUCGCCCAGAAAGUUCAACAUUUCAGAGUCCACCUCGCUGAGGGCCAAGCCAUCCGGAGAAAGCAGCUCACCAAACUUACCAUUCAAAGCAGCGAUGCUACUAAAAAACUGCAAGAGAUUGUAGCCAUGGGGGAAAGGUUGAUUCGUCUCUCUGAGAUGUGUAGUAAGAUGGAGACGGAGUAUGAGAAGGUUCUGCCCUUCUACACAUCCUCACUGAGUGAAGAAGAGCUGAAAAAGGAGAGAGCCAAUGCCAUGGAGCCGCCGACUGAGAAACUUGCUCAGCUAACGCUUGACUAUUUGCCUCUUGAGAAGUUCUGGCAACGGUACAACAAGGUUCAGCUUGAACAUUUGUGUCUGAAGCGAGAGAAAACGCUCCUGUUACAGGAAAAUGAACGACUGAGGCUCUAUCUGAAGCAGUAUCUGGAUGAAGUUUCGGUUUCUGAUGAGAGUUUUCGGCAACAGAAGCUUCUGGUGGUGUUGUCUCCUUCUCUUCAGGACACCGCUGCCACUGAGAGACGCGAUCAGAAGCGCUAUGUGGUCCAAGAAGCAGCAAAUAUUGUGCACAAACAGUUUUAGGGAAUAGAUUGCAUUGUGUAAUGCAGAAGUGUUUCUGGUUGCAAUUAAAAUUAAAACAUUUAGUCUGUUUAAUGCAAUGCAAUGAUUUAAUGCAAUGAUCUCAGUGAUUUUGAUUUUAGCACACUUUCUUCACAGCUUAUGUAGGCUAUAUCCAGUUGCGACAGUUCUAUAGAAAAAAGUAAGGUUUUUAAUGUCCUUUCAUUGCCUAAAGAUGGCGCCAAAUCAUUGAAGAUUCCAAAAAAUUCCAUAAUUUAUAUGUAGUUUUUAAAGCGUUCUAUAACCAUUGUAUCCUGUUUUCCAAUAUUCUAAAGCAGAAAUACUAAACAGCAAAUUUAAGUAUGUUAAUGAACAACAAUAGCAGUAAUUCUGUGUUUUGAAAUUCAAAUAUUGAUUUGCUGCAAGGUUUGUCUGCAUUUUUCAAACUCCUUAUCAAAUACUGACCUGGAGUGAAUGUUAUCUUUCUGCUUUCACUCACAUUGACAUGACACGAUUGAUAAAGACCCUAAUCACAAAUUUGCAUGAGGGACUUUAAGCCGAGGCAGUAUAGAUGAAUUCUCUCCACAAAUGUCUUUAACAUCAGUAAUAAAGCAAUUAUACAAUAAAGGCAAUUCAUCUCUAACUCUGGUUAAUUUUUAAUCAAGGAGUAAAGACAAAAAUGACUGAUUGGGAUGAGUUGCAUUUCAUACUCAAUGCUGCAGACAUUUUAGCCCAUAAACAUUAAUACACGUGGUUUAAAAUAUUUAGCUGAUUUCACUCAGAAAUCUGUUCUUUUAAAUGGUAAUAAUAUUUCACAGAUUUAUGAUAUUUUUCAGCCUUGGGGAAUAUAAAAGAAAUCUUCCCAAAUUUUGAAUUGUAGAGUAUAUUUAAUUGAAACAGGUAAUGAAUAAUAUAUCAGAGAUUUCUGAGGCAGAAUGUUUAGGCUAAACAGUGUGUGCAUAAAUUACAAAAUCCCCAAAUUAUACAUUCUUGUAUGCUUUGAAAUUCUCCUUAACAUACCUAUAGAAAUACUUUUUGGGGUCACUGUACAAACUAAGGAACAUUGUAAGUGGAUCCAGAUAAAUGUAUCUGCUCAAUGACUUCCAUAGGAGAGUUUUAAU